CUUGUCAAUGAACUACAUGUAAACAUACACGAUAAUUUUUUGCUGUAUUUAACAUCAAAUAAUGAUAGAUCCGUCGUCGAGUGAGGAAGAAUCGGAUCAAGAAACAAAUGAAGAUGAAAACUCAGAUGGACACAGUUUGCACAACAGUACAGAGCGUGGAAGUUUAUCUGCAAGUGGGGAUAACUUGAGUGUUACCGGCCCACAGAGGUCCAACAGUAUCCGACCAUCUAGUCCAAGUCCUUCGCUUGUAAGUGACAGGGAAAAAGUUGAAGACACUGAAAAAUUAGAGAGAGAAGAAGAAGAAAGAAAAAAGCGGUUACAACUGUAUGUUUUUGUCAUGCGAUGUAUUGCCUAUCCUUUUAAUGCUAAACAGCCAACAGACAUGGCAAGAAGGCAAACUAAAGUGACUAAGCAACAACUUCAAACAAUUAAAGAAAGGUUUCAUGCAUUUCUCAAUGGAGAAACUAGUAUUGUUGCAGAUGAAGCAUUCACAAAUGCUGUUCAGAGUUAUUAUGAAGUCUUUCUGAAAAGUGACAGAGUUGCCAAUAUGGUUCGAAGUGGUGGUUGUUCUGCAAAUGAUUUUAGAGAAGUGUUCAAAAAUAACAUUGAAAAAAGAGUAAGAAGCCUUCCAGAAAUUGAUGGAUUAAGCAAAGAAACAGUAUUAAGUUCAUGGAUGACAAAAUUUGAUGCAAUAUUUCGAGGAGAAGAAGACCCAAGAAAGCAACCACAACGAAUGACAACUGCAGCCUCUGAGCUAAUUCUUAGUAAAGAGCAGUUAUAUGAAAUGUUCCAGAAUAUAUUAGGGGUGAAGAAAUAUGAGCACCAAAUUUUGUACAAUGCAUGUCAGCUGGACAAUGCAGAUGAGCAAGCAGCGCAAGUACGAAGGGAACUUGAUGGAAGACUGCAAUUAGUAGAACAAAUGGCAAGGCAACGUAAGCAUCCAAAGUUUGUUGUAAAAGAAAUGGAGAGCAUGUAUGUUGAUGAAUUAAAGGCAGCCAUCAAUCUGUUGAUGGCAAAUUUGGAGAGUUUACCUGUAUCUAAGGGCAGUACUGACUCUAGGCUGACAAAAUUUACUGGUAAAAGAAUCAACAGAUUUUAUAUGUUUGAUAACAUGUGCUGUCCCAGUUUAAUGUUAGGUUUUAUGACCCACACUUCUUCCCUUUCCAAGAUGGACAUUUCUGAUGAUACAGAAACGGGCUUAUCAAAAUUAGAUGUUGUGCUGUCAUUUACAUUGGAGGUCCAUGUUGUUGAAGUAAAAGGUCUGAAAUCAUUAGCCAACAGUAAGAUUGUGUAUUGUACAAUGGAAGUGGAAGGUGGAGAAAAAUUACAAACUGAUCAUGCUGAAGCCUCUAAACCAUGUUGGGACACACAAGGAGACUUCACUACAACUCAUCCUCUGCCAGUAGUGAAAGUUAAAUUGUACACAGAAAGUUCUGGAAUGCUGAGUCUAGAAGAUAAAGAAUUAGGAAGGGUUGUAAUUAGACCUACAGCUAAUAGUAGUAGACAGGCAGAAUGGCAUAAAAUGGAAACUAAAAAUACCACAGAUGUCUUAACUAUAAAAAUAGCAGUCAGAAUGGAUAAACCACAAAAUAUGAAACAUUGUGGUUAUUUAUAUGCAAUUGGUAAAAAUGUAUGGAAGAAAUGGAAAAAGAGAUACUUUGUUUUAGUCCAGGUUUCACAGUAUACAUUUGCCAUGUGUAGCUAUAGAGAAAAGAAACCAGACCCUACAGAAAUGAUGCAAUUAGAUGGUUUUACUGUUGAUUACUGUGAACCAUUACCUGAUGUUGAGGGUGGGAAAUAUUUUUAUAACACUGUUAAAGAAGGGGACAACGUAGUGUUAGCUACAAUUGAUGAAAAUGAAAGAACGCUAUGGGUGCAAGCAAUUUACAGAGCAACAGGACAGACGCAUAAACCUGUCCCUCCGGUUAUACAGACAAACAGAAUCUCUAAUACUCAAAUAUCAAGGAUGCAAGGCGAUGCUGAUCGAGCAAAGAAACAUGGAUUAGAUGAAUAUGUCCAGGCCAACCCUGCUGAGUUUGACCAUCAUGAAUUGUUCUUAGUGAUGCAAACAUUAACCCUUGACUAUAGACUAAGUGAUGCAUAUACAUGUCUGGGAUGGUUUAGUCCAGGACAAGUGUUUGUAUUAGAUGAAUAUUGUGCUAGAUAUGGUGUACGAGGAUGUCAUCGACACCUGUGUUAUUUAAGUGACCUGCUGGAGAGAGCAGAGAAUGGUAUUCUGAUAGACCCAACAUUAAUUCACUACAGCUUUGCUUUCUGUGCUUCCCAUGUGCAUGGUAAUAGGCCUGAUGGUAUUGGUACAGUUUUACUCAGAGAAAAAGAAAAGUUUGAUGAAAUUAAAGAAAGACUUCAUAUACUCCUUGAGAAACAGAUAACACAUUUUAGGUACUGCUUUCCAUUUGGUAGACCAGAGGGAGCUCUGAAAGCUACAUUAUCAUUAUUAGAAAGGGUGUUGAUGAAAGAUAUUGUAACACCUGUACCACCUGAGGAAGUGAGAAAUGUCAUCAAAAAAUGUUUAGAAAAUGCUGCUUUAGUCAACUAUACAAGAAUUUCAGAGUAUGCCAAAAUAGAAGAGUCGUACAAUAAUGGUGUUUCACCUAAGAAAAGACUUGAUGAUGUGAUGCAUUUGGCAGAGUUGUGUAUUGAAGUAUUACAACAGAAUGAGGAACAUCAUGCCGAGGCUUUUGCUUGGUUCAGUGAUUUACUGGUAGAACAUGCAGAGAUAUUUUGGUCCCUGUUUGCUGUAGAUAUGGAUUCUGCAUUAGAAAUGCAGCCAUCAGACACAUGGGAUAGCUUUCCUUUAUUCCAGGCACUUAAUGACUAUCUUAGGAAUGAUGAGAAUUUAUGUGGAGGAAAGUUUCAUUUACACCUAAGGAAUGUAUUUGCUCCCCAAGUUGUAAGAUAUGUAGACCUGAUGGAGUCAUCAAUAGCUCAGUCUAUACAUAAAGGAUUUGAGAAGGAGAAAUGGGAGCCUCAGGGAAAUGGAUGUGCAACCUCAGAAGAUAUGCUGUGGAAACUUGAUGCUCUACAAUCAUUCAUACGUGAUCUACACUGGCCAGAAGAAGUGUUUGCUGAACAUUUAGAUCAUAGGUUAAAAUUAAUGGCAGCUGAUAUGAUAGAAGCUGCAGCCAAAAGAACAUUGAAGGCAUUUGAGCAGUGGCUAAGAAAAGGUGGCAAAGGCACAGAUUAUAUAAUAUACUCAGAAAUUUGUGUGAUGAUGAAUGUUAUCAUUGACUGUAAAAGUAGGGCAUUACAUUUAUGUGCUCUUGACAGUGGAGAAAACAUGCAUCAAUACCACACCAAAAUAGAGGAAUUCCUGGAAAGAGUUCAAGCUCAGAUGGUUAAAUGUUUGAUUGAAAAGUUAUUAUCAGUGAUGGAGUCAGUCUUAAGUAAACUUGCACGGUAUGAUGAGGGAACCUUCUUUUCUUCAAUUCUAUCUUUAACAAAACCAGUAAAUGAGCUCGGUAAAUCCUAUGUUGAUUUUAUGAGAUGUAGUCUAGACCAAAUAAGACAAAAAAUAGCAGAUGAAUUGUUUACUUUGUCAAUAUUUGAGCAAUGGUAUACAAGUCAAAUGAAGAUGACUUAUGAUUGGUUGUCAGAUAGACUAGAUCUUUCACUACAUCCAUACCAGCUAACUUGCAUCAUGACUAUAAAUAGAAAAUGUUAUUCAGACUUUGAACUUCAAGGUGUAUUAGAGAAUAUAUUAAAUGAUAAAACCUAUCAGAACAUUUGCAAAAGACUACAGGUAGAAGAAGCUACCCAUUCAGUAACACAGUGUGAGAAGAGAUCAACAGGGUUUUUGGGAGGAGGUACCAGUAGUAAUGUCAGUAAUGAUAGUGAUGACGAAUCAGAUUAAAACUAGGGACCAGAACAAGCAACUUUUACCUCAUGACAAAACUUAUUAAACUGGUGACCUGUUGUGCCAUGGAAUAACCCUUUGGUACAAACUAUGGCCUCUCUAAAAAUGUUUUUGAGAUUUCUUCUUAUUGAAAAUAGUUAUUCUUACAGAAACAUGGCUGGCAAUAUAAAUAAGGGAACAACAUUGUAGCAUACUAGUAUUAAUAUGCUUGUGGACAUGUGCCAUCUUCGACAGCUAACCAGCAAUGAAUAAUGUUAACUAUGAAAUGCAUUACCUUUAUGCUGGAAUAAAAUAUCUUUUAGGGAUGUAAAAUUAUUUAAAAAAUCACCUUUUCAAAGCUGAAUAGCUGGAUCAAAGCAUAAUAAUAUAAUAUUUGAAAUUAUUAGAAAGUUAUGUAAUCAUUGAUAUAUUAGAAUUUACUUUGCUGGGCAUAAAAACUUUCACAGCUUUAAAUAUCUCAUAUACUUUUGAAUAUUCAAAUUUUUCAAUUAGUUUUAAAACACAUGGAAAGGGAAUAUAAUGAAAAGCUGUUGCUAUUUCUCUGUCAUUUUGCAUUACUAUAUGAAUUUAGUAGAUCUUGGCAUUAACUUUCACCAAAAAUUGUAUUGACAAUGUUAUAUUGUAGUUCAGCUUAGAAAUUUAUAAGGCCUGCUACACUUUGAAAUUUCAGCAGAUUCACAUAUGAUAUGCAUCUGUCUCUUUGUUAAUUCAUCCAUUCAUAUAAGAUAAAAUGUUGAAUUGACAGAUUAAUUAAGCUGCUGCUAACUGCCAUACUCAUUUUAUAAAGAUAUAUUAUUUUUUUUACUGUGCAUAAUAUCCAUUUGACACAGAUAAUUUUUUUAUUUGUUAAUUAAGAGGGUAGGAAUGGGGUACCGUUAUCCCACAUGAGGAAUGACAGUAAAAAAUAUUUGUUAAAAUAACGUUAAUGAUAAAGAUUUUACUCCAUUUGACACUAACAGUGGCUACAAAUCAAGAUUUGAAAAAUGACGAUAAAAUAUUUAAGGCUCAUCUGUCACUAAUGGUAGCGAAAAACGGACGUUUGACGCUUGACAGUAAAGGGCAUUCCUACCCUCAUUUAAGGGCAUAUGUAACAUGCACACUUGCUUUAUAAAAUUGUUUAUGGUAAUAUUAAUCUAUCGAUUAUAAAUACAUAUAUAGGCUUAAAUUAUAGACUUGCUAUCACCACUGUCAGAUCUGAUUUUCUAAAAAGUUAAAUCCAUGUUUUUGUUUUAUUUUGAAUUAUUAUUUUGUUAAGUAUAUUUCCUGAUGAUGAUAAGGAGAGAUGUUAAUUAUUUUGUUUAGAACAUACCACAAACAGAACUAGAAGAAAAGAAUGAUAUGAAAUUGUUUCACAGCAAUGAUAUUACCACUGUCAUGGCAUUUUUUACUAGUCAUUCCAGAGAGCCUGUAAUCCUGUGUUAUUGAUUCUUAUUAAAGCCAACAAAUGCUAUCUUGUAAAAUACAUGUAAAUAUAAAAGUCUUCUUUUCAUGAGGUCAUUCUUUAGAGCAGAGUGAAUGUGGUCAGUUGUAGCAUUUUCAAAAUCUAUCAAACAAUUCUGAGGCAUGAACUUUGUGUCCAUGUUGAAGUCCUCAAUGUAACUUUCAAAUGGCGACCAGUGAUAAAAGGGUAGUUCUUUUGCUUUGGGUUUUGUAAUGUGUGUGUGCAGAGAUUUUAUGUCAUGAAUUAAUAUAUUAUGCCAUCUUUUUACUGAUAGUAAGGGUAGCAUCUGGUAAGGGUCAUUUGACAAAAAAAUUACAGUACUAUUCUACAUCUAGCUGUAAAACAAGAUUCUUUUUUAGUCAAGUUGUUUCGAAAAUCGAAUUUGGCUUAUCAUAUAUGAAUGCCGUCUAUUUGUCAGGAUGUUAAUAUGUUGGUUUCCAGGUAAAUCUUUUUAUUUAUAAGCAAUAUCAAAACUUGGAUUGAUAAUUACCCAUUGGGUAAGGAAGAACUCUUUUGAUUUUGGGGUCAAUAGUUCAAAGAUCAAGGUCACAGUACCUAUUGAUAGACUGAAAUUUAGGUAAAAUACUGGUUUCCAGAUAUCAUCUUUUGAACCAUUUGUCCAAAUGUUACCACACUUUACAUUCUUUGUCAUCAGAACUAAAAAAAAAUAAAGCUGACUCAAUAAACUGUUUCUUCUACUACAAAUCCAGAAAGAUCACAUCUCAGUUUAUUCACCCAUGGUGCUUCUGGAAUUUUAUGAAUUAUGAAAAUAAAUUCUAAGCCUUUUGCCUUUCAUUGUUUGAAUGAAUCAGUGGACAUUACACGCACUGAAUCAGUAAUUUCAGGAAAAUUAUUGAAUCUAUUCUAAGUGCAAAGAGAAGUGUACUCUCCUUUAUUAAAACUAUUGGUUGUGAAAGAAUAAUUUGUGGUUGUUAAUGAAAUCCUUUGUUGCAUUUUUAUACAAUUAUUUAUUUUUAUGAAAUAUUUUGUUGAAGUUUAUUUAUUUACUAUUUAUUUAUAUAUAGAUAAUUCUUGUUUUAUUUUUAUCUAUUUUCUUGACUUAUACAGACAAAGUUAAUUCUAUAAUAUGAAGUCGGUGAUGUUAACAGUUUUUAGUUUAUAUGCAUUUAAGGUCAGUUAAAAUAGAGUGAAUAAUGUCAUUUAAAAUAAAUGGAUAGUCGUUUAUUCAAGUAUACAUUUAUUUUUAUUUUCAAUAUUUUAAAAAUUGUAAAUGUUCUAUUUUAAAAGCCGAAUAUUGUGAUUUAUCAAUAUCCAUGACAAUCAGAUUUUCCAGUUUCUUUUAUAUAUGAAAUAAGUUGAAGGGGUUUUGUCAAUGAGACAGCAACCCAAUGACAAAAAAUCAAAAGACAUCUAGAGAUCAACAUACGGUCUUCAAUAAUAAAGUGCCUGUUCAAUAUUUCUAGUGCAAAAUUACCCUGUGUGUAGAUAUGUAAUUAAUACAUAUAACAGAGACACUCAAGGAUCUGCCACAAACACAAAAUUUCUCCAAAAAUAAAAACAUUAAUAUUUAACCAGAACCAUUGUUAGUUACAACAUGUUUUAUUAUUUUUAUUAAAUAGGAUAUGUAUGCUUUGUAGAUUUUUUCAAGGGUAAUAAAUUUUGCCAGUCUGCAAAAAUAACUUUUGUCUGACUGCAAAAAUAACUUUUAAGGUAGUGUAAUAGAAGAAUGUUGCAAAAAAUGUACUCUACUAACUCUCAUAGUAGAAAUUUAUAAAUUCCAUUAUUGAUAUUAACAUUCCUUCUGCAUCAGUUUGUGUACAAUUAAUUGAAGUGUAGCUUAAUUUUUUUAUAAGGAAUAAUCCGAUGUACUGGGGAAAUGCAGCUAAUAUGAUUACAAUUAAGGAUACUUUCAUCAAUUUUCUGCCAAAGAGCAAGAAAAGUAUUUGAUAUUAAAUACAUUUGAUAAAUGAUUGAACUGCAAACUAUCAGCCUAAAUUACAAUAAACAAUGCAAUAUGCA